GGCGGUGUUCCAGCCGGACCGCCAAGCGGGACGGUACAGGGCAGUGCCUUGUGUGCGCCGCCUCUCCCUUCCCCCCACCAUUGCAGAGCCGCAGUUGAGGAGUUGGCGGAGAGAUGUUUUCGGCCUCAGCUGAGAGUCUCCUGAGGCAGGCGAGGGAAGUACAAGAUGAAGACCUGCAGAAAUUCUGCUGCCGCAUCUCCACUUUGCUCCACAACAAGGAAUACAAUAACGAAACUGUUGAUUCCCUUCAGAAAGUCUUUCUGAUUGUCUCGGUUACGAAAUACGGCAGAAAACUUCCCAGUGACGUCCUUCAAAAACUCCUGAGCACCUUGUGCUUGUCGAAGACCACGCCUCCAGUGCAGGUCCUGUGCUCAGCCAUUCUGCGAGAGGUGUUGCCCUGCGAUGCUUUGACUGUCUCAUGCAAUGAGAUGGUUGAUACGAAAACUGUAAGCCUCUUGUUGGGAGUGUUGCUAGCCCAGGGGAACAAGGAAGAUGAGAUUGAGGGUGUGUGUGGCCGUGUUCUGAAACUGUUAGAAUCCCGCCAGGCUGAGGGACAAAGUUUGCGGCACCUGUUACCUAUUCUAUCCAAGGUCCUUGAUCUCACACCUGAGGCUCUGAAUGAAGAGCAGGUGAAUACUAUGAGUAGGAAACUCGUUGACUGGCUGAGAUAUGCAAGUACAGUGCAGGGGAUCCCCAUUUCCUCCGGAGGAUUCUUCUCCAGUCCGAGAUUGAGACAGCCUGCACCUGUUUUGGAGGUAGAUGGAGCAGUGGCCGGGGACUUUUUCACAGUGCUCUCCAUUGGUCAGUACUACACAGAGGACCAAUGGCUGAACAUGCAUUCCUUCUCCAUGAUCAAAAAGUGGCUGCUGUGUUAUGAGGCGGAAGGAGCCAGCAGCCCCGAAGCAGACGAGAAAUCAGAGUUGGACAGCUCUAUAAUGUCAAUGGUUUCUGCUUGUUCCACCUCAAGCCGCCUGAUGCCCCCUAAGGAGCGUCUGAGGGAGAAGGUAUUUGAGUAUUGCAACCGACUUAUCGAACAGAGCGACAGAAAAGCCCUAAAGAAGUCAGAUUCGGAUCUUCAGAAAGCGUGUCUGGUUGAAGCGGUGAUCUUGCUGGACCUCAUCUGCCGACAGGAUAUGUUGUUUGUGUAUCGAGCCUUUCCUGUGGUGAAAGCUCUGUACGGGAGGAUCUGUGCAGACUCCACCUUUGCUAGAGUUUUGCUUCCAGUCGCUCAGUUCUACCUCAAUCACAGUGAGACGGCAGGAGUGGACUCGGAAGCUGUUUACAAACGUCUCUUCACUAAGAUCCCCACUGAGCUCUACCAGGACCCGAUGAUGGCCUUUGAGUUUGUCCAGUUUUGCAGAGAAAAUGUAAAAACUCUGAGCGAGAGCGUUGGCAUCUUCCGCAGGAGCUUCCCAAGUUUGUUGAAGUUUGUAGCUUGGAACAGCUCGUCUUUGUUCCCCGAGUUCAUUGACCUGCUGCCUGUGCUGAUUGACUACGACACAGCCAUUGAGAUGCUCCAUUCACUCCUUGACCUGCCCUGCUUGACAGUGGCACUUGACGCUCAACUCAGGUCAGUGAGUUCUGUGAGCGAGAAGGGGACUGAUACGAGCAGGAAGCCAACGAACUGCACGGAAGCUUUACGGCACCCUCACUACAGGAGCAUGUUUAUGUAUAUUCUCCGGCCAGAGGCAGGGACCGGAGACACCAUUGAUAGGUUAAACCUGCUUCAUGAAGUUCUCCUAGACAUGGCUGAGCGACCGAGAGUUGUGCAGUGCGCUCAGAUUGUUCCCAUUCUCCUACAGGUUUUCUUCAAUGCUAUCACUGAGUUUGCAGACGGGCCCCUCAUCAACCAGCUGGUUUUGGUGAUCCUGGAGAGGAGCAGUCUGCUGUACAACAUCCCCAAUUUCAAGGCUGAAGUACAGCGAGUGUUCAGCUCACAGCUGCUGGUGUUAUGCAAGCUGCACCCGGCCCUCAUAGUGGAACAGUCCAAAGAGCUGCUGGAGUUUUGUGGGGCUGUCAGCAACAUCAACCACAAGGAAAAUCUGUUCACCCACGUGAUUUGGGCCAUCGGGGAAUACACAUCUUUGUCUUAUGACAGGCGCUGUACAGUUGAGCAAAUCACCAAGUUCUUCGAGACACUGGAGGCCUUGCUGUUUGAGAUCACGCAGCUUCGAGCCUCCGCCGGUGUGCCCAAGUACUCACCCCGCAUGAUCACCGUGCUCAUGACAACACUGGCAAAGCUCGCCUCGAGAAGCCAGGACCUGAUACCAAGGGUGUCUCUGUUUCUGUCCAAGAUGAGGCCAUUUGUCCGAAGUGCUUUGAUCUCUUCUCUAUACCAUGAGGAUGAUAUCCAGGAAAUCCUGGCACAUGCCAAUGAACUCAACAACUUGCUGAAAGUGCCCAACGUGGCCCAGCUCACCCUGGGACCCUCCGCAGCGAUCACUGACCCCAGGUGGUACAAGGACACCAAUGCUUCCUUACCACUAGCCAUGAGGACGGUCAGCAAAGUGCUGCAGAGAGGGGCGGGGCCUGCAUUCUCCCCGUAGGAAAAAAACGCUUUCUCCGGCUGUCAUGUCAUUAACUUUCCAAUUGCCAGCUUUCCGAGAGAGAGAGGGGAUGCUUCACAACAUGCCAAGUGGAUAAACGAGAGAAUUUCCUUGGCAGCAUCGAGAUCCAGAAAUGGCACAAAAGGAUCCAACACUGGAUUUGAAUAAAAACUUCCUGGUGUCAGCUCAUGAGCUCGGUAGAUUCCAGCAGUUUACACACUCCGGGUUCCCAAGCUUUGGGAACCUGGUUCUCAAUCUCAAAUCAUUUAGGAAUACUCACAUGUUGAAAUUAAUCAAAAUCAAUCAGAAUUUUUUAUUUACGGAAAAGUAGAAAAAUCAUUUAUACAAAAAAGGGUCAAUAUUAUCCUGUAAGUAAAGUAUUAGU